AUGCUGAAUCCCGUGUUGCUUCAAAGUCAUAUGAUAGGCGUUGGAAUCACAGAAGACUGCUGGGCCGCAUGCUGGCAAAGGGCUCGUGCGGAUUUGGACAUUGAGGACUUGGGUUGUUUUCCUUUGAUGCCAGCUCCAGAUGAGGGAGGGGUGGCAUCAGUCAGACCACUCUCGACUGCAGAGGUGUUGGACAAGGAGGUUGGAGAGGUGCAAAACACAUGCUUGCCUGUUGCAGAUGAUGUGAAAACCGAGAACACUGGCAGAAUUGAUAGCAGUGAGAUUGCUGGUGAAACCAUUGACUUGCUGUCUGAUUAUGCCACGACCUGCAGUGAGAGCAGCAGUGAUGAGGAGUCGGUUGUUAUGCCAAAGGACGUAAUAAAGCAGAACAUCGAUAUGCCCCCGGCCGAGUUGGCACUCCAUAGAUGCAGAGAGCUCACAAAGUGGACCGUCAGGGCACAGCAGUUACAGAAGCAGGAGGAAGAGUUCAAGAUGGUGGUGUCAGCAUGGUUAUGGGGACAGCAGAUGCAGUCCUCCCAGGUUUGCUGGUAUCUUGACAAUGAAGCUGGAAGGUCAGCAUACAUCAAGGGCCACGGGGCCACGAUGGUAGCAGCUGAAAUGGUGAAUGACUUCACAAACGUAGAAAUGCAGCGGCAGUUGAAGUCAUGGUUUGCAAGGGUGCCUUCUCUUUCCAAUUUGGCGGAUUCACCAAGCCGACUGAAGGACGAAUUUCUUCUUAGUCUGGGUGCGGUGAAAGGGCCGAUUGACUGGAUGGCAGCGCGAGUGAUCCAGCUUCAGUGCCAGCCGUUUUUCAACUUCAGAUUGCUGCGUGUUUUGUUUGACAUGUCAGGUUUUUGGAAAGAGAAGAAGUUUUAA